CCCGAGACCGAGGACCGAUCCCACAGCCCCGGCGCUUCCCAGCCCCACUAGGCCUACGGAGGCCUUGACCUCGGCUGAUCGGCGCCUUCUCGGCUUGAGCGUUGAGCCGCCGCCUAGAGGCAAGCUCUCCCGGGAGGCGAGCGCGCCGCGGGUUCCAGCGCCCCUCGUCGCGACUACACGUCCCAGCGGCCCCAGCGGCAGCUGUCCGUCUCCUCUCUUCCGAAUCUCGGCGCUGGGCUUGCUGGGAAGUGUAGUUCCGAGGGGCCCCCAGCGCGGGACCUUCUGGGAAAGCCCGGCUCGGGCGGUCAGAGACUGUCGAGCUGCGCGUGGCCCCGCACUUCGGAGUUCCUGCGGAGGGCGGAGGUUUUGCGGAACCGGGAACAGGAAGGAAGGACUCCAGGGGUUCGGGCCUCGGCCGCGGACUCCUCGAGGUCCCCAGUGCCCCGCGUGACAACAAGCUCACGCCGAGCGCCUCCAGCCCUGCUCUUUUCCGCCAGUCAUGCUUCGUCCCUCCGAGCCCUGGCUUCCAAGUGGAGGGGGCAGGGGGAACCCGCUAGACGAGUCUGGGGCGCCAGGGUCUGCCCCCGGACUCGAGGCUCCAUCCCAGGGUCGAGGCCCCGCCCCUCAGUAGCUUAUCCCUAGCCGGGGCUCCCCCCGUGGGAACGGGGACCAGCUGGCCGGAAGCGCCAAACUGCGUCCCUGUCGAGCCCCGGGGGAUCAAUCAGGCCGAGGAGCUAAUUAUCACCAGGGGACUGACUCUAGGCAGCGUGACCUGAGGCCAGACGGGAGCACUCCAUGUACCAUCCACGAGAGUUGUACCCCUCUCUGGGGACAGGCUACCGCCUUGGGCCCCCCCAGCCGGGGACAGAUUCCAGCUUCCCGCCUGCCCUGGCAGAGGGCUACCGCUACCCUGAUCUGGACCCUCCCAAAUUGGAUUGCUUCCUCUCCGGGAUUGAAGCUGCUCCCUGCACCCUGGGUGCUGCCCCACCCCUGCCCCCGCUCCCCCCAGCCCUGGGCACUGAGCCAGCCCCCCCAGCCCCUGAGGCCCUUCAUGCACUCCCCGGAGUCAGCCUGAGCCUGGAGAACCGGGAGCUGUGGAAAGAGUUCAAUUCUGUGGGAACAGAGAUGAUCAUCACCAAAGCUGGGAGGCGCAUGUUCCCUGCUUGCCGAGUCUCAGUCACUGGCCUGGACCCCGAGGCCCGCUACCUGUUUCUUCUGGAUGUGGUUCCAGUGGACGGGGCUCGCUACCGCUGGCAGGGCCGGCGCUGGGAGCCCAGCGGCAAGGCGGAGCCCCGCCUGCCUGACCGCGUCUACAUUCACCCCGACUCUCCUGCCACGGGUGCCCACUGGAUGCGGCAGCCUGUGUCUUUCCAUCGUGUCAAGCUCACCAACAGCACCCUGGACCCCCACGGCCAUCUGAUCUUGCACUCCAUGCACAAGUACCAGCCCCGCAUCCACCUGGUGCGGGCCGCCCAGCUCUGCAGCCAGCACUGGGGGGGCGUCGCCUCCUUCCGCUUCCCCGAGACGGCAUUCAUCUCUGUGACAGCCUACCAGAACCCGCGGAUCACACAACUGAAGAUCGCCGCCAAUCCCUUUGCCAAGGGCUUCCGGGAGAAUGGCAGAAACUGUAAGAGGGAGCGAGAUGCCCGUGUGAAGAGGAAACUGCGGGGCCCGGAGCCUGGAGCCGCAGAGGCCUAUGGGAGCGGAGAUGCACCAGGUGGCCCCUGCGACUCCACGCUGGGUGGGGACGUCCGUGAGUCGGACCCAGAGCAGGCCCCGGCCCCGCGGGAAGCUGCCCCGGCCCCAGCUCCUCUGUGCGGCGGCUCCAGCGCCGAAGCCUACCUGCUGCACCCCGCGGCUUUCCACGGAGCCCCCAGUCACCUUCCAACCAGGAACCCCAGCUUCCCUGAGGCUCCAGACUCGGGGCGUCCAGCGCCCUACUCGGCUGCGUUCCUGGAGCUGCAGCCUGGGCCAGGGGGCUCGGGGUACCCAGCCGCUGCUCCCCCAGCACCCUUUGCCUCACACUUCCUCCAGGGGGGCCCCUUCCCCCUUGCCUACCCUGGCCCUGGGGCUUACUUGGAUGUAGGCUCCAAACCAAUGUACUGAGGUGUCCCUGGGCCCUCUGCCUGCCCCCACACCCCAUCUUCCAUCACAGACCUCUGCCACCCUUCCCCCAGGCCUGUGGCCCCAUUCCUUCCACUGGCCCCAUCCCCCAUGCCAAAUGGCUGCCUGGGGCCUCCCCCACCCCACUUCACACUUUGAUUUCACUCCCACCCACCCCGGCUUCAAAGCUCUGGCUAAGCUGCUGGGAGUCCAGCUGGGGCCAGCUUCCCCUUCCAGGCUCUCACCUCGGUGUGAAUGGAGGGAGGCUCUGCCUGGCCAAAUGGGGCCACUGCCCAACGCUCCCACCUCCUGGGCCUCACCCUUGGGCUCUGCAAGUUCUACCCCCUGGCCCCAGUGCAGGCCACACUGGUCCGCUGUCAGGACCAGAGUAUUUUUGUUAAUAAACCUCCAAAGACCUCGGUGCUCUAAAAACAUCAGCUAAUGCUAUUUAGCCGUGGGCGGGGCUGGGUGAGCGGAGGUUUUGUGGGGAGACCUGGGCCCCGAUUUUGACUUGCCAGUUUCUAGCUGCUUGACCUCAUGCGUGUGAAUCCACAGCUCUCGGGCUAUCUCCUUUUUAGGGAAGUGGGGAAAUCAGUGUCCUGAUGCUCACUUGAAUUAAAUGAGAAUUAAAUAAGCUGCUUCUGAGAACCCAGCCCUCCACCUAGCAUGUGGCAAGCCUUCUGGAAACAGUCACUGUCACUAGAUCUAGACCAGGAAGCUCUGGGGCAGUCAAGGUCCUCUGUGCCCCCAGGGCCCAGGCUGGCGUUGCUGCUUGUGACCGAUCAAGUCUGACACAAACCCAAAGACCAUUUUUCUCCUUUUAUUAGAAUUUUUCUUUGUUUUCUCUCAAAAUUUUUUAUCUAAAAACAAACAAAAAAAAAAAAAAAGGAAAAAGGAAAAAAGAAAA